CUCUCUCUCUGGCAACCUCUCUAUCAGGCUCUCUCUCUCUCAGUUUACUUUGAAGAUAGUUGCAGAAACCUUUGAAGAGAAACAAUGACAUCCAUCCCUGGAACUGAUAAUAUUACAUGGAGUGACGAACAAACACGCUUCUUUCUUCAACUAAGACUUGAUGAGAAUCUGAAAGGAAACAUAAGAAAACAGAUGGUUAAUGAGGCUGGGAGACAGGCAAUAGUGGAUAAGUUCUAUGAGGCAUUUGGUAUAAAAAUUCCAUGGAGAAAAUUUGGGAUAAAGUACAAUACUUGCAAGAAGCAGUAUGAGUCUUUUAAGAAGUUGACUCGGAACAGAACGGGGCUUGAUUUUGAUUCAACCGGAUUCAUCAACAUGAGUGAGGACUGGUGGAAUGAACGAUGCAAGGAGUGGCCAGGUGCUAGAAAAUUUAAAGACAAGCCGAUAGCAAAUAUGGAUUUGAUGGAGAAGGUAUUUGGGACAGUUUAUAUUAGUGGAGGUGAAGGUUGGUCUGCUCAGCAAGGUGAAGAUGUUUUAGACACAAAGCACUCAGAUCAUGAUGAUGAGAUUGAUGGUGAAGAUGAUGCUGAGUCAAGGCGUGAUAUUCCUACUGAAGAAGCUGUUGGAGCUGAAUCAAGAAAUUUUGGAUCAAAGAAUGUUGGCCCCUCUUCUUCUAGGUCAAAGGUUAAUAAGAAAAGAUCAAGGGCUGUACAAGCAGGACAAGCUGUGGCUGAUGUGAUUAGGGAGAGUGUUCAGUCUAGAGACAAGAUUCUUUCCCACAAGAAUCAUCUGAUAGAGAACCAUCCUGAGUUUAGUUGCAGUCAACUGCGAGCUAUGGAGGUUCUUCACGCUCUGCCUGCUAUAAGGAUGUGGUCUCCUCUAUACAAGGCCUCCAUUAACCACCUCAAACAAGAUGCUGCAAAUCGUCAGACCUUCUUGUUCUAUGGAGAUGAUGAGAACAGGGUUCUCUACUUGGAAUAUGCAACUGGAGAAAGCAGAGAUGCAUGAGAAAGAGCUGUUUAUGUUUAUGUCUUUGUUUUAGUAUAGUAUGAACUCUAGAAUGAAUCUUGUUGUAA